GCGAGGGUUGAAAGUCGGUGGCGUAGGUAGUUGUCUGGGAUGCUAGCGAGGUAGAUGAUAUCUAUCAGAGGAAGAAGAGGAGGAGGUGAAGCGAGUUCCCAGCCUCAGUCUCUCUUUCGCUUUCCUUUCCCUCUCCCCGAGCCCUCCGCCUUCCUCUAAGUCAGCCCGCCCUCUCUGACCUCAGUGACCUGGGUGGCCCCGCCCACCCUCGUCGACGUGAUUCCCGCCGUGAGGUAAGCGCCGGUCGAACCCAGAGCCCCGCGGAAGAGGUCGCCGAGGAAAGGGAAGCUGCUGGGCCCGGCUCAGGCCCGUCGCGGAGUCGCGGCGCGGGCGAGGUUCCGGGUGGGCCUCUUGCUGCUCCAUCAGUCCGUUGCGACGUAGCCACCCGCGCCUAGGCCGCCUCCUCCAUCCCUGCCGGCCAGGCCUCUGGCAGCAGCGGGUGACGCAGACAGAACAUCAUGUCGUCCGCGGCCGAGCCUCCGCCACCCCCGCCUCCCGAGAGCGCGCCUUCCAAGUCCGCAGCCUCUGCCGCCAGCAGCGGGAGCAGCAGCAGCAGCAACAAAGGCGGCCCCGAGGGCGGCGCGGCCCAGGCGGCUCCCUCUGCAGCCGGCGCCGGCCCCGCGGACGCCGAGAUGGAGGAAGUAUUUGAUGAUGCGUCUCCUGGAAAGCAAAAAGAAAUUCAAGAACCAGAUCCAACCUAUGAAGAAAAAAUGCAAACUGACCGUGCAAAUAGAUUUGAAUAUUUAUUAAAGCAAACAGAGUUGUUUGCACAUUUCAUUCAGCCUGCUGCUCAGAAGACUCCAACCUCACCUUUGAAGAUGAAACCAGGGCGCCCACGAAUAAAAAAGGAUGAGAAACAGAACUUGCUCUCAGUUGGCGACUACCGACAUCGGAGAACAGAGCAAGAGGAGGAUGAAGAACUGUUAACAGAAAGCUCCAAAGCAACCAAUGUUUGCACUCGAUUUGAAGACUCUCCAUCAUAUGUAAAAUGGGGUAAAUUGAGAGAUUAUCAGGUCCGAGGACUGAAUUGGCUUAUUUCUUUGUAUGAAAAUGGCAUCAAUGGUAUCCUUGCAGAUGAAAUGGGCCUGGGAAAGACUCUUCAAACAAUUUCUCUUCUUGGCUACAUGAAACAUUAUAGAAACAUUCCUGGUCCUCAUAUGGUUUUGGUUCCUAAGUCUACAUUACAUAACUGGAUGAGUGAAUUCAAGAGAUGGGUACCAACACUUCGGUCUGUUUGUUUGAUAGGAGAUAAAGAACAAAGAGCUGCUUUUGUCAGAGAUGUUUUGUUACCAGGAGAAUGGGAUGUUUGUGUAACAUCUUAUGAAAUGCUUAUUAAAGAGAAGUCUGUAUUCAAAAAAUUUAACUGGAGAUACUUAGUUAUAGAUGAAGCUCACAGGAUCAAAAAUGAAAAAUCCAAGUUAUCAGAAAUAGUGAGGGAAUUCAAGACUACAAAUCGACUAUUACUAACUGGAACACCUCUUCAGAACAACUUGCAUGAGCUCUGGUCACUUCUUAAUUUUUUGUUGCCUGAUGUCUUUAAUUCAGCUGAUGACUUUGAUUCCUGGUUUGAUACAAACAACUGUCUUGGGGAUCAAAAGCUAGUUGAGAGGCUUCAUAUGGUUUUGCGUCCAUUCCUCCUUCGUCGGAUUAAGGCUGAUGUUGAAAAGAGUUUGCCUCCCAAGAAGGAAGUGAAAAUCUAUGUGGGUCUCAGCAAAAUGCAAAGGGAAUGGUAUACUCGGAUAUUAAUGAAGGAUAUAGAUAUACUAAACUCAGCAGGGAAGAUGGACAAGAUGAGGUUAUUGAACAUCCUGAUGCAGUUGAGGAAAUGCUGCAAUCAUCCGUAUCUCUUUGAUGGAGCUGAACCUGGUCCACCUUAUACAACAGAUAUGCAUCUAGUUACCAAUAGUGGCAAAAUGGUGGUAUUAGACAAGUUGCUUCCUAAAUUAAAAGAACAAGGGUCACGAGUACUAAUCUUCAGUCAAAUGACCAGAGUAUUGGACAUUUUGGAAGAUUAUUGUAUGUGGAGAAAUUAUGAGUACUGCAGGUUGGAUGGGCAGACACCCCAUGAUGAGAGACAAGAUUCCAUCAAUGCAUACAAUGAACCAAAUAGCUCAAAGUUUGUUUUCAUGUUAAGUACGCGUGCUGGUGGUCUUGGCAUCAAUCUUGCAACUGCUGAUGUAGUAAUUUUGUAUGAUUCAGAUUGGAAUCCCCAAGUAGAUCUUCAGGCUAUGGACCGAGCACAUAGAAUUGGACAAACCAAGACUGUCAGAGUGUUCCGUUUUAUAACUGAUAAUACUGUAGAAGAAAGAAUAGUAGAAAGGGCUGAGAUGAAACUCAGACUGGAUUCAAUUGUUAUUCAACAAGGGAGGCUCGUGGAUCAGAAUCUGAACAAAAUUGGGAAAGAUGAGAUGCUUCAAAUGAUUCGACAUGGGGCAACGCAUGUAUUUGCCUCAAAAGAAAGUGAGAUCACUGAUGAAGAUAUUGAUGGAAUUUUAGAAAGAGGUGCAAAGAAGACUGCAGAGAUGAAUGAAAAACUCUCCAAGAUGGGUGAAAGCUCUCUUAGAAACUUUACAAUGGAUACAGAAUCAAGUGUUUAUAACUUUGAAGGAGAAGACUACAGAGAAAAACAAAAGAUUGCAUUCACAGAGUGGAUUGAACCACCCAAACGCGAAAGAAAAGCCAACUAUGCUGUUGAUGCCUAUUUCAGGGAAGCUCUUCGAGUUAGUGAACCUAAAGCACCCAAGGCUCCACGACCUCCAAAACAACCCAAUGUUCAGGAUUUCCAGUUCUUUCCCCCACGUUUGUUUGAAUUACUGGAAAAAGAAAUUCUGUAUUACAGAAAAACUAUUGGGUACAAGGUACCUCGAAGUCCUGACCUUCCUAAUGCAGCACAGGCACAGAAAGAAGAGCAACUUAAAAUUGAUGAAGCUGAACCCCUUAAUGAUGAAGAGUUAGAGGAAAAAGAGAAGCUUCUGACACAGGGAUUUACCAAUUGGAAUAAGAGAGAUUUUAACCAGUUUAUCAAAGCUAAUGAGAAGUGGGGUCGUGAUGAUAUUGAAAAUAUAGCAAGAGAAGUAGAAGGAAAAACUCCAGAAGAAGUCAUUGAAUACUCUGCUGUGUUCUGGGAAAGAUGCAAUGAGCUCCAGGACAUAGAAAAGAUUAUGGCUCAGAUUGAAAGGGGAGAGGCAAGAAUUCAGAGAAGAAUAAGUAUCAAAAAAGCACUUGAUACAAAGAUUGGACGGUACAAAGCACCUUUUCAUCAGCUGAGAAUAUCAUAUGGUACUAACAAAGGAAAAAACUAUACAGAAGAAGAGGAUCGUUUUCUCAUUUGUAUGCUUCAUAAGCUUGGAUUUGACAAGGAAAAUGUUUAUGAUGAAUUGCGACAGUGUAUUCGCAAUUCUCCUCAGUUCAGAUUUGAUUGGUUUCUGAAGUCCAGAACUGCAAUGGAACUCCAAAGGAGGUGUAAUACCUUAAUUACUCUAAUUGAAAGAGAAAACAUGGAACUAGAAGAAAAGGAGAAGGCAGAGAAAAAGAAAAGAGGACCAAAGCCUUCAACACAGAAACGUAAAAUGGACGGAGCACCUGAUGGCCGAGGAAGAAAAAAGAAACUGAAACUAUGAAUGCAUAUUUGUUUCAUAAUCACUAACUUUAAACCAGUAGUUCUUUAAUUUACGGGUCUUCAUAAGAUGUACUGUACAAUGCUCAAUUGUUAUGUCAUUCAAAGACAUCAGGUUCAUCUGUUUACUGAGCUAGAAAUAUAGUAUGUAGUUUCACUUUUUUAAAUGCAACAGCUGUGCUGAAAUUUUUUUUAUCGUUAACACUUGAAGUAAUAAAAUAGGCUUCAUUUAUUAAUAAAUGUUUCAUUUGAUUUAUUUUUCUAUUAUAGUUCCAUUUGUGAAGAUCGUGAUUUUUUUGUUUAUCCGCUAUGAUUUGUACACUUGUAAGGCUUUAAAACAAGCAAACAAGUAAAAAAAAAAAAUUGCAAAUAACAUUUGUCCCUUCAGUCUUCACUUGGUUGUGUAAUUGUUUUAAUUCACUUUGCCUUUGCAGAAAUUUGGGUAUUUUCUUUGUAGUGCUAUUGAGUUUCAUCUGGAAAGAUUAUGUAAAUUGCAUUCUCCUUGCUUAUUAUAGAAUGGGGAAAAAGGCAAGUCAAAUUAUCAUUAAUUUCUAUGCAUAUUUCUGUUAUGCUUUCUGGUUUUAUAGUUGGUUCUGAAGCGAAUAUGCCCUAUUCUGUUGGAAGAAUGGCCUUUUAGUUGUAUAGCCAAAGACAUUUAGUAUUUUCUGGUUCCUUAAGGUGUUGUACCAUUUUGUAAAAGGAAUAUUAUUAUUAUUAUUAUUUUUUAAGUAUUUGGUAAAUAUUUUGACAAAUAAUUUUCUGAAACAGCCACAAUUUAGAAAGAUAAUGUCAGAACUAAGGUGAUUUUUCUUUUUUUUUUUUUUAAUUUAGAAAGGCCCAACUACAAUAAGGUGUGAAUUUGUCAUGUUGUUAAAAUUGGUAACAAAGUGUAUUCACUCCCAGUUUAUAGUAUUUUUUGASUUUUAGAGUAAAUGAAAAUUUUAUUUUAUUAUAUUUUAAAAUAAUUUCUAAGGGUUAGCAGCAAGACUGAGUAUAAUUCCAGUUUUUAUUUUCUAUGGAACAGACUUGAUAAACUGGAGACCCUGAAGCAGGWAUACCCAAAUGGUAGUGUCAGGAUUUUAGCUGUACCAGAGGCCUUUAUGUGCUACACAUAAUUUGUAUAAAGUUUUAUAUGUGCAAAUUGGGUACAUAAACAGUUCCUCAUUUUUCUAAGGGAAUGCAAUAAAUGUAGCAUCGUGAAUAAAUAUAACUUUUAUAAUCC